AUGACGGCUUGGAUCACAUACUACUUUGUCGAGGCUGCGUGGUUUGCCGCGCGGCCAGUCCGUUUCGGGGACGCAACCGUGGCUGUCGACCUCACCGAGGACGUCUACCGCCCGGACGCAUUCAGGCCACGACCACGGUCGUUCAUCGUGGCGGCAGCAGCAGCAGCUGCUCGGGCACGAGCAUUUACCAACAGCCCAACGCCGACGACGACGCCGGGCGACAUGUCAGCCGAGCUGCCGCCGUACGAGGCGACCUCGGCUGCGUCUGCCUCAGACGGGCACGAGGUCGACUUUGCGCUCAGCACCGCGGGGCACGGCGGCGGCGGCGGCGGCGGCGGUGGUGGUCGUGGCGGUGGCACGUCGUGGGAUGAUGGGCAUCAUGCCGCCGCCCAGCAGGCCCAGCACUACAACAUGUUUGCCUCCGGUCCGGGCGCGGGGCGUCCGCUCGCCGAUCGAAAGGUGCCGCUGCCGGCUGCGCAGCAGCCAGUAAGGAGCACGAGCGAGCGAAGCGACAGAUCGUGGCUUGUCGUCCGCAACAAUGUGUAA